GCUAGAUGGCAGUUGGGAUUCCCAACUUGGGAAGAGUGGAGCAAAACCGAAAAGCUAGCCCACACAAAAAGGGAUAAGAAAAAUUACUAUUGCAAGAACAUCUGUGGCACUUGUGGCACCACUUAUUUAUUAGUUCAGCGAUGUGUGUGAAUACGAAUGUUAUACUCUACUGUAAAUAAUAUCCAAUCUACCUAAAGUAUCCCCAACACGGCUGCAAUCUGUGCAGCGGGAGAUAUGUAGUACGUGGCAAAUAAUCCGCGUAGCCGUGAUUCUGAUAUCAGAAGUAUCGGAAGGUGAAAGUUACACAUUAUCCUAUCGAUUGAUACGACAGAAUGUGAUGAGAUUUUUAAACAAAGCACCGAACUAAAAAUAGGCUACUUAGCACUUACCAUUGGAAGUACGAAUCCAUAAUUAUAGUCGGUAUGUUCUCCAAUUAAAUUUACUCGGCCCGGAGCAGCAGCCGCAACUUCGGGUGGGGAAUUAAAAAAUAAUUCAUGUGCAGAAAUUGCAGAUUGCAAUAACUCUUCUUCUGUAACAUAUUGACUUGCCAUCUCGAAAACUAUCUUGUAGUGUUACUAACAACUUCGAAAGUGACACUACGAGGUUAUCGUUCUACUUUAUUAUGUGAUGCAAUGUCAAAUUCCGAUAUGACAAGAGAGAUAAGAUAGCUUAAGUAUCCUGCGAAUUCACUCGGGUUGCUUGGAACAACAAACAAAACAAACAAUUAUCUCGAAUUACUGGACAAAUGACACUGCAAGUAAUACUGACAGUUCAUAUUAACAUAGGUGCAAAUUCUCAUCCACAACAUGCACUCAUGUAUGAAAGCUGAAAGCUGCUUGUGCGUGGUAUCAUGUAUACGUUUUGGAUUCAGAGUUUCGAUUUUCAAAGUGGGAAGCGUGGUAUGUAGUUUUCAGAAAAAAAUAUCAAUUAUGUGAGAAUGUGAAAUCGUCGAAAUGUCUGUUACUGACCCCACAUUGAAACAGUUAAAAAACUGUACAUUGCAGUUGGUUCAGUCAUCCAGUAAUUUAGAAGUUUUAGAUAGUAAUGAAAAUCUUAAACAAUUUUGCAGCUAUGUUGAAAGAAUUUUCCAAAAAGGGCUUCUCUUGCGUAGCUAUUCUCUUGGAUUUCUCAAAGUGCCAGAGAGUUGGCAUUGGCUAGAAGAAAUUGCGACAAUGGAACAUGGGGCAAACUAUAAUUACAUAUCAUCUGUGACACAUGUGAAGAAUUCACCAAAGUUAUCAACUGCUUUAGGGAAACUGCGACAUCUCAUACGUGUGUGCCUUGUCAAUAGAUGUUUGCAUGUUCCUGUUGAAAUUCUGGGUAUCAGCGAAUUCAGUCCAAAUUUAAAUGAAGCUAUCAACCAGAUUAAGAAGAUAUUUUGCAAGGCUCCACAAAGAAUUUCUAUGAACAAGAAGAUGGAAGAUCUUCCUUUGUCUCCAAAACCUAUUAUUGUAUUACACGGUGGGAUUCGUCAGAAAUCCAUUACUCAUGUGUAUGAUAAAGGUUGUAUUUUAGGAGAUGACAUACUGGGGGAAAUAUUCCUCUCAGUCCUUCUGCAAUGCAGUAGGAUUACGUUUAAGUUAGAUAUCAGUAACUGUGCAUUUCUAGAUGACACGUGGCAGUUGCCUCAUUGUGAACAUUUGGAAUUUGUUCCCUGUAGAUCACUUGGAAUUUCUGUGAAAUUUGUAUGUGGAAAGGCUGUUGUAAUUGGAAUAAGAAGUAAUAGUGUUGCAGCUGAAGAUGAAAAAAUUCAGAUUGGAGACAUUUUAGAUGAAUUAAAUGGCAUGUAUGUAACUCUGAAUACUCGACACAAGUUGUCAAAAGUAAUGAAGAAAGGAGCUAACAGACCAGUAACUGUCAAUAUAGUAAGGGCAUGGUGCAAUGAUUCAGAUGAAAUUUUCCCUCCAAUUAUGAGUUUAUUACGUCAUUGUCAUAUUGACCCUGAUGAAGUCAAAGCUCUAUACAAACCUGAACUGCCACAAAGAACUUCUAGCAAAAAGCCAUUUAAUAAUCUAAGUGCAGGAUACCCAGUCCGUUAUAUUGGGUGUGUUUGCACUGGCAGGGAAGGAGAUGUCAGGCAGAUCGAGCGAGCCCUUCUGACAAUGUUUGAUCGUCCCCAACCACUGCAGCAGUUGGCAUUCUUUGAAAUUCAGGAAAUUGGAGUACGUGUAGUAGAUCAGGAUACUGGAGAGGUUUUACUGAGACACUCUUAUAUGGAAAUUUCUUCAUGUGGCCGAACAAUGAAAUUUCCUAAUCAUUUUGCAUAUAUUGCUGGUCAGUGUGGUCAGCUGCUGCUGAAAAUGGCUGGGAUUAGGUUGUGGACUUGGAAUUUUGUGUGUUGUGUUUUGGUGAAAACUGUAUCAUCACAAACAAUUGUUAAUCAGUAUGAUUGGGAAAGUGAAGUAUCAUCAAAAAAAGGAAGAUCAACAUACAGUUUAAAGAAUCAUCCAAAUAUCAUCAUAAUUCUAGCAGAUGACAUGGGCUGGGGAGAUAUGGGAGCAAACUGGGCUGAAACAGCUGACACCCCUAAUCUAGAUGCCCUGGCCAAAGGUGGUUUAAGGGGAGAGGGAAUUCAACAGGAUGUAAUCUGGCCAUGUCAUGAAGCAAAGGAAACAACAAAAGACUUCAACCACCAGCAGAAACAAUUAAUAGUGCAUUUUUUACUCUUGUUAAAGAUUAGUGUAUUACAAUUUGGUGUUGAUCAAUAGUUCAGUUAUAGAAAAGGAUGGAUCUAAAAACUUUAUUGUGCAAUAUAUAAAAGAAGAAAAGCACAUUCAUUCACUUAUUCAAAAUCGAUGAAGGUUCUGAAACAUAUGAAGUUGACAUGGAGGACUUAAAAGUUAAGCUCCCUGACCCAUCUCUGUUCGUUUGUUCUCAAAGGCAGGAAAGAAAGAAAAGGAAGAAAGAAAGAAAGAAAAGUGACUUUAUUUAUGUUGCGAGAUAUGAGCCGUCAGGGUCGCUCUUCCACCUAACCACAUGAUUCUUAAAUUUGUAGAUAGAAAAUUGAACACUUAAGUGUUAUUUAAAGAUACAUUUUGUAAGUAAAAUAAUAUACAACUUGGUAAUGCCUUGCUUCUGCGCUCACCAAAGCGAAAGGAAACAACAUCACAGCAUUUGCCUUAAGGUGGCAUUUAAAACCAGGGAAAACAGGAAGAGUGCAUGCGCUUCAACAUUGAGCAACAAAAUAAAAUAUUUGAAAUAAUUUUAAAAAAACAUUACUGAUUCAGGAAAACACUAAACGCAUGCCCAAAAAUAAAUUAAAUAUUAAUUUAUCAAUAUGCAUCAAAUAUUAAUAAAAAAGGCUCAAUGCAUUAAGAACUUUUUUAAAAAAAUACACACAAAUGCCACUCGGCCAGGACGACUGCUCAGCGCCAAUUUUAAUUUACAACAUCAUGUACCAUGGGAAAAGACGCCUUCUGUCAGAGCAAUGAUAAGUCAAUCUAAUGAAUUAAAAGUUACUAGUAGAUAUACAAAAACCUUUCUAAUCCUAUAAUAUACUGCCACGAAGUCGGUUUUCUUCGUAAGAGAGGAGUCGUGAAUCGCCUUAGCUUUCAACUAGCUCGGUCGGUAGAAAGGUGGCCUGAAAACAAGGGAUAGCGGGCGGACGUUGUUUCGAUGUAAACAAAAAUUUUACGAGAUGAGUUUAACAUCCAAUUUUAAUAAUCUAAAUAAAAUUAACAUUUAUAAUACUUUCCCUAGACCUAGCAGAAGUUCGUAUUAAAUUCCCCACAGUGAUAAUCCGAUAUUAUUAAACUAAAUUUUAUGACAAAUAGUUUACAUGCUUUUUUAACGCAGAUUUUUUACUUGCGAGUCAAAGUGCGACUAAAAAUAUUUUCUGUCUUUAGCUAUUAGCACUGCAAUUCAAGAAUCAAUUUGCCUGAGGGGUAGUUGAGAGCUUAUUAGCUACAGCUCUCGAAAAUGUCACCGUGGUGGUUGGCUCGAAUCCAAACACAUGUUGGUCGGAGUAGGUCCAGGACGGACAUAAUUUUUACUUAAUUGCAUGUGGGUGGCGCCGUAGAUGCUCGAAGGGGGUGGUUAAUGUCGUUUCUGAUAGUGUGUUUCCUAAAGGGAUAAGUGGUGGCCGGCUCGGAAUGGGUACCAUGGGGUCUCUCAUACAAUAGAGCAGUCAUAGCUGGGGGGGGGGGGGGGCGCGGGCGCGUUGAAAAGACCCUGGCCUGAGGGGCGCGUGAGGGACAGCUCGGGAGAGCCGGCCACUGUAGGAAAACUAUUGG